UACAAUUUUCCCAAAAGAUUCCACAUUUUAUGAAUUGUAAGCUCACGCAGUUCUAUGCACAGCUAGCUUUAAAGAAAACACAGAAAGAACAAUGUAUGGAGUGAAGGGUAUUGUGCUAGACGCUUCAAUUCUGUUGAAAUCCGGUGAUGAUGAAAAUGGGAGUCCCUCUCUUAGACCUGAUGCUGAUUAUGUUCUUCGCAAGCUUCGAUACUCCAACAUCUUCACUGGUAUAUCCUAUGGACCGGAUCUUUCUGCUCCUAAGGUGCGCCUCCUCCAAGAAAGCGCAAGACUAUAUUCCUACAAUUGUUUUGUCUUCAGGCCAUCAGCCAUAGACAGCUUUAUAAGUGAGGUUUCUUUGGAAUGGGGCGACAUUACUGGAAGUUAUAUGCAUGUCGUUUCCAGUUACAAAGACGAGGAGAUUGCCCAAAUGAUAAGUUCUGGCUGGCUGAUCACUGCUCUACGAUCUCCUGGAAAAGCAUCAGAUGUUGAAUAUAGUACUGGAACUGAAAAUCCAAGCAAGAUUUUCAUUAACAAGCUUGAAGAACUGCCUCUGACUAUCUGCCAUUUAAAUAAAAAGAAAUUGGUUGGGAGCGUAACGAUUAAUGUUCUUAAGGAUUCUUUAUUUUAUGCUAUGGGUAAGCAGGCAAUGGGCAAGGAUGUCAAGACGGUUGGUUACUUGAUGAAGCCUUCUCGUGAAGAAGAUUUUGCCAAGAGAGGGGCAUUCCCCCUAAAACCUACACCAAACGGAUUAAUUUUUGUGCCCCUAACUUACGAGCUCCCUAUAUCACAGCAGUUACAAGAAAUUGACGGUGUUCUACAUAAAGCAACUGAUGACAUCAUUACUGUUGAAAUGAGCAGCUCUUCAGAUUCUGAAAACAAAGUUACUUUUACAGCGGGCAUGCAAGAGUUACAAAGGUACAUCGGAUGCCAUCUAGACUGUCGUUUGAUUGACCCAUUCACCAACAUAUAUCCUGUUCUUGAUCGGUUGAAAAUACAGCAGAUUCUAGGUGGUUUGGAAAAUCUUAACAGUAAAAGCUGCAGUAAAAUCAGAGGUCCCCAUUUUCUAAAGGUUGUUGAUUUUCGUGAGCCCAAGUUGGAAGACAAGCUAGCCGAUGCAAAACUGUCACUUCCGAACAUUGUAAAACCCCAAGUUGCUUGUGGAGUUGCUGAUGCUCACAGCAUGGCCAUUGUCUUCAAGGAAGACAGCUACAAAGACCUCAAUGUCCCUCUUCCAGCUAUUGUGCAGGAAUAUGUGGAUCAUUCAUCCACCAUGUUCAAGUUUUACGUUGUUGGGAAGAAGAUGUUCUUCGCAAUUAAGAAGUCUACACCUAAUGCAGAUACCUUGAUAAAGUUAGCUGAAGAAAAACAGUUGAAGCCGUUACUUUUUGAUAGUUUAAAAUCUCUACCCGUUGACACGCUAAAAAGCCAAAAUGAAGAUAAUACACAAAUUGAUCAUGAGCUAGUCACUGAUGCUGCAAAUUGGUUGAGAAGGGUACUUGACCUUACUAUUUUUGGCUUUGAUGUUGUGAUCCAGGAAAGCACCGGUGACCAUGUCAUUGUUGAUGUAAAUUACCUCCCAUCGUUUAAGGAAGUUCCUGAUGAGGUUGCAAUACCGAAAUUUUGGGAAGCCAUAAAGGAGAAGCUCACUGGAAAACAAAGCACAGAAGCAGCAAUAUUGUUGUAAUAUUCAUCUUAGUAGCAGGACUGACUAAUAAAAAGGUUAUAUACAACAAACACUGACUACCCUAUUCUCUUUUGCUAUUUGUGUUAUUAACUGUAACUUAUUCUGUAAAUUCGAAAUCCUAUUUCAUUCUGCUCAGCUUAAGUUCUAGAUUUGAACAUUAACCAUCUGCUGUUUCUAUAAUUUGAAAUAUCAGGAAGUUGAUUCCCUUA